CUGGUGGAUGACCACGGACCAUCAUGACGCGGAAAAAGCCGACCUUGACCCGAUAAAAAAAACCGCCUUUAACGUGUUAAAACCCCAAACACACACAUGUAGAAUGUACAGUCAGAUAUCAAAGGCUAAUAUAAAAACAAAUCGCUUUAAUAUCCAAGUGUAUAAACAUCCAGAAGAGGAAAUUAGCGUUUAUAAACAGAGGCACAUUGCAUUCAUCCAUGAGCCUGCCCCCUUUUCCGUAUAGUAGUGGGUCGUACCAAGUGGAACAGGGGAGUCUAGGGGGACAAAAAAAAAUAAUUUUGCUAAAAAAAUACAAAUUAUACUCUUAUAUAAGAAUUCAGUGUAAUUUAAAAGGUGUUUAUAACCUGCAUGGGGUGAAAUAAAUAAUAAAUAAAAGUGGGAAACUGGUUUUGGAGGUGCGCGCACCGGGCGCAGCACCCCUCCUCCGCGGGUGCCUUGCUCCUGGCUUCCUCAUACAGAUAGAGGACUCAGGCUGUGGCUGCUUCACACACACCGGUCUGACUAGAAGCAAGUAAUAAUGUCUGCCCCAUGCAUGUGCUCUCACAACUUCAUUCCUUGAGACGAUCCAGAAACGGACUUCUGUUAUUCCACACUGACAUUUGGUGAUAAUGACGAAAUAAGCUGAACCACUUCCUGAUCACUUCCACCUCCACAAACUGUCUCAAAACCCUUUUUGAGCCCUUGAACACCGUCAUCUUUCCACAGCCGAGAAGUUUUUUUAUAUAAACCCAGUGACUCUUGCCCCAGACGCCGGCCGCCCCCUGCGCCAUUAAAAAAAGACGUUCCACCCCUCGCCCUCGUUUGCACCAUUGUCAAAUGCCCAAAAACAGCAAGGCCGUCAAGAGAGAGCUUGACGACGAUGUCACAGAGUCCGUCAAAGACCUGCUUUCCAACGAGGACGCCUGCGACGAUUCCUUCAAGAAGAGCUCGCUGAUCGUCAACAACCAUGAAGGCGGAGGGAAGGAGUGCGACGUGGAGGAGGGCGGCUCGGACGGCGAGGAGGAGGAACGCCCGGCCUGGAACAGCAAGCUGCAGUACAUCCUGGCCCAGGUGGGCUUCUCUGUAGGCCUGGGCAACGUCUGGAGGUUCCCCUACCUGUGUCAGAAGAACGGAGGGGGAGCGUACCUGGUGCCCUACCUCAUCCUGCUGAUAUUGAUCGGCAUCCCGCUGUUCUUCCUGGAGCUCGCCGUGGGCCAGAGGAUCCGCCGCGGCAGCAUCGGGGUGUGGAACUACAUCAGCCCUCGGCUGGGCGGCAUCGGCUUCGCCAGCUGUGUGGUUUGCUUCUUCGUGGCUCUUUACUACAAUGUCAUCAUCAGCUGGAGUCUCUUCUACUUCUCCCAGUCCUUCCAGCAGCCGCUGCCAUGGCACGAGUGUCCCCUGGUCAAGAACACCACCAGUCCCUACGUGGUGCCGGAGUGCGAGAAGAGCUCGGCCACCACCUACUACUGGUACCGUAAGGCCCUGGACAUCUCCGACAACAUCUCUGAGGGCGGAGGACUCAACUGGAGGAUGACGCUGUGCCUGCUGGCUGCCUGGUCCAUGGUCUGCCUCGCCAUGAUCAAGGGGAUCCAGUCCUCUGGGAAGGUGAUGUACUUCAGCUCCUUGUUCCCGUACGUGGUGUUGAUCUGCUUCCUGGUCCGGGCGUUGCUCCUGAAGGGCUCCGUGGACGGGAUCCGACACAUGUUCACACCCAAGCUGGAGAUCAUGUUGGAGCCCAAGGUGUGGCGCGAGGCAGCCACGCAGGUCUUCUUCGCUCUGGGCCUCGGCUUCGGCGGCGUCAUCGCCUUCUCCAGCUACAACAAGCGGGACAACAACUGCCACUUCGACGCCGUCUUGGUGUCGUUCAUCAACUUCUUCACCUCCGUGCUGGCCACCCUGGUGGUGUUCGCCGUGCUCGGCUUCAAAGCCAACAUCAUGAACGCCAAAUGUGUCGAGCAGAACACCAACAAGAUUGUGGCGUUGCUGGGCAACGGCAUUGAACCGAGCCUGAUCCCGCACCACAUCAACCUGACUCAGGUGAGCCAGGUGAGUGCGGAGGACUACAACAAGAUGAUCGAGAUCAUCCGAGGGGUGAAGGAGGACGAGUACGGAUCGCUGGGACUCCAGUCCUGCAGCAUCGAGGACGAGCUCAAUAAGGCGGUCCAGGGAACCGGCUUGGCCUUCAUCGCCUUCACCGAGGCCAUGACCCACUUCCCCGCCUCGCCCUUCUGGUCCGUCAUGUUCUUCCUGAUGCUGGUGAACCUCGGCCUGGGCAGCAUGUUCGGCACCAUCGAGGGAAUCCUCACGCCGCUGAUCGACACGUUCAAAGUCCGCAAGGAGUUUCUGACAGUGGGAUGCUGCGUGCUGGCCUUCUCCAUCGGCCUCCUCUUUGUUCAGCGCUCAGGGAAUUACUUCGUGGCGAUGUUCGACGACUACUCGGCCACUCUGCCUCUGCUCAUCGUGGUCGUCCUGGAGAAUGUGGCCAUCGCCUGGGUCUACGGGAUUGAUAAAUUCUUUGAAGACCUGAAGGACAUGCUGGGCUUCACGCCGUACCGUUUCUACUACUACAUGUGGAAGUACGUCACGCCCAUCCUGCUGCUGGUCCUCCUGGUCGCCAGCUUCGUCCAGCUGUCCAUGACGCCGCCCAGCUACAGUGCCUGGAUACAGGAAGAGGCCAAAGAGCAGACUCUGGUCUUCCCUCUGUGGGGCAUCGUGGUCUGCAUCUCCCUGGUGGUGUUCGCCAUCCUGCCCAUGCCCGUGGUCUUCAUCCUGCGCCACUUCAACUUCAUCGAUGACGGCACCAGCGGUAUCUCCGCCGUCUCCUACAAGAAGGGCCGCAUCAUCAAGGAGACGGCCCGGCCGGGCGAGGACGACGACACCAGCCUGAUCCAGGGCAAGUCGCCCAGCGAGGCGCCCUCGCCGAUGCCCGGCAACAGCAUCUACCGCAAGCAGAGUGCCGGUGGUGGCGGUGGCGGCAACGGCAACGACGCGGACACCGCGCCCAACGGCCGCUACGGCAUCGGCUACCUGAUGGCCGACAUGCCGGACAUGCCCGAGUCGGACUUGUAGACUGACUAUAGUAAGCCCUGCCCGACUCUCCCCUCCACCCCUCCUCUGCGUGCGUUUAGUUGGCCGUAUCAUAAAUGUAUAUUUCACUCGUACUGUAUAUUCUCUGUAGAUAUCGUAGCUGCUCUUAUUUGUCGUCUCUGAACCUUAUAUGACUGUCCACCUUUAAAGGUGUGGGAACAAAACGUCAUCCUUGUCUAACCCCUUCACCCAUAUUUGCUUGGCUGCGACCCCAAACUCAUCUCUCGCUGCCGCCCGUUGCCGCCGUUGCCGCCCCGUUGCCGCCUCGUCCUUGCAGCUGCAACAGGAGAAAAAGUCAGGCGGCUUAGAUAAAUAAAGGGGACAUGCCAGACAAAAGCACCACUCACCAUUUUUUCCACAUGCUCUCUAUCACCAUAAGUAGGAGCCACUUCAUUAAGAUUGCGGAUCGGAGAUAUCGGCAGCCAUAUAAAAUCUAUGAGAACCGAUAUAUCUUCCAAGCCACUGAGAAGGUCAAUCUUGGUGUCGAAAUAUACAUUUUUUGGGUCAAAAAAUAAUUUAAAGCUAUUGAGAAUAUCACUAGAUGAUUGUUAUAAUAGGUCAUAUAGUGACAUGUACAUAUCUAUUGGAUCAAAUAAUCAUUUAGUGAUAUAUAAGGCACAAAAUUAUUUUAAAAAGACACAAAAUGACACAAAAAAGACACAAAAUUACUAAAAAAGACACAAAUUUAUUUAAAAAUACACAAAAUUACCAAAAAAAGACACAAAAUUACUAAAAAAGACACACAAUUAUUAAAAAAAAGACACAAAAUUACCAAAAAAAGACACAAAAUUACCAAAAAAGACAAAAUUAUAUUUAAAAAAAAAAAAAUUCUGAACAAUUAAUAACAUGCACUAAAGGUGCAAGGUGCUCAUGUAAGAAGGAACACAGCAAUUACAAAAUCUUUGUGGUUGUAAAUGUAAUAAAUGGUAAAAGUGAAGCCAAUAAAUUGUAAUUAAAUGUAUUCAUGUUAUCAAUUUUUCAGAAUACAUGCACUGUGUAUGACCUAUAUUAAUAUAUGUCAGACCGCUUAGGAACUGAUGGCCAAAAUGAACAUAUCUAGUGGAUCAAAUAAUCAUCUAGUGAUAUUCUCAAUAGCUUUAAAUGAUUCUUUGACCCAAAAAAUGUAUAUUUUGACUCUAAAAUUGACCUUCGAAGUGGUUUGGAAGACAUAUUGGUUCUCAUAGACUUUAUAUGGGAGACAUUUCCAAUCUGCAAUCUUGAUGAAGUGGCUCCUACCAAAAAAUUUAACCCCAUAGUGAUAGAGAGCAUGUGGAAAAAAUGUGGUACUUUUUGUCCUAAGCUGCCUGACAACUAAAAAACAGUUGUAAGCAAUAAGGUGGACGCUCCACCAGGCCUACUUGAACAAGAAGCUGCAAAGAGGAGGCGGAAAAGUGGCGAGUUAGAGGGUCGAGAGGUGGUUUUGGGAGCACGUCUGUGUCUGUGGGCAGUGUAAAUCAAGCCAGCUUCGAGUCCUGCUGUAAAAAAUGAGAUUAGUAGCAGUGUAGACGCUGUGGAAAGAGAUUUUCUCGGUGAAAGUUCAGGUCAAACAGCGAGAGGAUGGCCUUUGAAAACCACUCCCAUGAUUGUUUGAGACAAAAGUGUGCCUAAGUAAUUUAUAUUUGUUUAUAGAAUACAUGAUGGUUGUUGUAUAUUUAAGGUAUUCUGUAAAUAUAAUAUAAAUAUUAUAAAUAUAUUUAUCUUGAUAGUUUGGAUAUCAGAACACCAUGUUUUUAAGGUUCAGAAGCACUUCAAAUCCUUAACUCUCGUGUCUUUGUUUUUUACUAAUGUGCUGUCAAUGUUUGUGAGGACCGAGUCCUCCUUGUAAAUAAUUUUUCCAUGAAAUGGCUUCAAAUGCAAAUGUCUUUUUUCCCCGUCAAGAUUAAAGGUCAAAUAUGGUCCAUACCCUGAAACUAAA